UAUCCGUUCGAGAACAUAAAGUAGCUAGCUUGCUAGUAAAUAUGAAAUUGAGGUAGGGUGAGUGAGGCCAAACUAAAUAAUUCCGUAACAAGUUAUUGGAAUUGCCAAACCGCCUCAGUUUUUUUUGCGCCUCGCCGAAAAGGUCAUAACACAAAAAAAGCAACAGAGAUGACUGAGAAUUUCGACCGAGCUCCAGGCGCUGGUAGAGCCCGUAUAAAGCCAAGAAGCCCCGGCCUUGCAGAUGUAGGAGACGGAGACGGGGACGCCACAUCUGUUUUCAACCAGCGUGAGCCUCUUCGGCAACCUCGGACGUCUCCACCUUUGACUGAGAACAACCCAAACAAUAGUGAAGCUAUCGACGGAGAAAGCAGAAGCCCAAGCAAACCCCACCAAUUCAUUCACAACCACAGCACUCCUGCCUCCAAAGUGAAAAGUGUGGACUCUCUGGUGAAUACCUCCAUUCUGUCAGCCAAUGCACCGGAGUUCUACCCUGCUAGCUUCUCCCCCUAUGAGGAAUCCGUUUCGGAGGAUGGCAGUGAUGGCUAUUAUACUGAGAUGACAUUGGCUGAAUUGGUUGAGGAGUUUCUCAGCUACCUAAACUCCUCGCCGGGGUCCUUUGAGACGGACAUUGAGCACAUGGUAAACAUGCUGAACAGCUGGGUCACUACUGAGGAGACGCUGCAAGAACUGGUGGAACUCAUCUACACACAAUCUACUGCUAUCCCCAAUUUCUCGUACACGGGGGCAAGGCUCUGUAACUUCCUGUCUCAUAACCUCCUACUCAGCCCAGCAAGUGGAAACUUUCGUCAGCUUUUACUAAAACGGUGUCGGACAGAGUAUGAACAGAGGGACGUAGCGGUGCGGGGAGACCAGGAGACACAGAAGAAGUUCCAGGCCUAUGUGCUCUUUCUGGGGGAGCUCUAUCUCAGACUGGAGGUAAGGAGUGCAAAGGGGCCUCCGUCCCGAGCUGAGAUCCUGCUAAUCGCCCUGAGGGAGCUGAUGAAUGCCCUCUUCUCUAACCCAGUGGAUGGAAACCUCAUAUGUGCUGUCAAACUGCUUAAGUUGACAGGCUCGGUUCUGGAAGAUGCGUGGAAAGAGAAAGGGAAGUCUGACAUGGACCAGCUAGUCCAGAGGAUUGAGAACAUCGUACUGGACGCCCAGUGCAGCAGGACUGUCUGUGUGUCCAUCAGAGAUGUGAAGCAGAUGUUAUUGCGGCUGGUGGAGCUGAGGUCUAGUAACUGGGGCAGAGUCCAUGCUGCUGCUGCUUCUGACGCUACACCUGACAAUGACCCCAACUACUUUAUGAAUGAGCCUACUUUCUACACUGCAGACGGCACUCCCUUCACAGCAGCCGACCCUGAAUAUUCCGAAAAAUACCAGGAGAUCCUGGAUCGGGAAGACGACUGUUUCCCAGAGGACUGUGAAGAGAAUGGAAAUGAAUCGUCGUUCAAUGACGAGGAUGAGAUGGACCCUGAGAUCGAGGAAGCUUUUGAGAAGUUCUGCCUAGAGUCAGAGAGGAGACGACGAUGAGAGUGCUGCAACAGACUGAACUGGCACAUACCUUUCGUGUUCGACAUGCUGGAAUGUUUGCGACUGGAAAAAAUCUAAGAACUAGCGAUGUUUUUUGAUCUUUUUUUAAAAACAAUACAGUUUGCUCUUCCUGGCAGUUCACUUACA